AUGUGCCACCACUUGGCGUGUGGCCAAUCACGGCCGUCCAGUGACCAGCUUGCGCACUUCCUCGUGACCGCUACUGGCUCUCCCAAUAUCAGCGACGCCAUCGGUAAGCACGGGAGCGACGGAGAGGGCCUGUAGGUCGAUGUCCAAGGAAUGGAAUGUGCUUCUUUUUCCCUUGGGCUCAUUUGAAUGCAGCUGUCUCGUUCCCCCACUUUACUUCAUCCGGCACUUCACUCGAUGAGAAAUACAAUGGCAUCGUGCGCGAGUGGAGAAUGGAGCCCUUCCGCGACAAAAGGCUACCGUUUAAAUCGGGCACCUCUUGCAUAAGCCACUGCGCGUGCUCCAGCCCACUCUGCUCCUGCGGGGCCGUCAUCUUCCCUUCAGUGGCUUUCACCGUAGCGACAUCGCUCCGCAGCUCGCCUGACGCCCGACCUAUCCCACCAUCCUGGCACUUCGCCUCGACCAAGGCGCAACACGAGGAGGGCGCCGGCAGUGGUGGCGGAAACACACAGCUGCGGGAGGUCGACCGAUUCUGUGUCGACGUCAAGUUAUCGGAGAAGGAGGCGUCGCGGCAGGCAGCGUGUUCGUGCAUCUCGGUCCACGAUCUCGCCAUCUGCAUGAGGCAGGGGACAAGUGACGUCAAUGUGUUGGGGAAGUCGGGAGAUGCUCUCACUGACAGGGGGAGCCGAUACGCUGCGCCGAGCCUGUACGUCUCCACUCUGCUGGGUGGCAACGCGGGCAUUGGGAUGAAGCUAUCCAAUCUUGCCUUGGAAGACCUGACGGCCAAGGGGCUGGCCGAUGCGCGUCUGAGGCGCCUGACUGUUAAGGCAACAAUUGUCUUUUACCCAUACCUCACUGUGGCGCUGCAUUAUCUGAGGCGGUGCAUCCUCGAGGAGCGGUGGGAUGGCGUGACCGCAUUUGCACGGUGAGUGACAUAGCAGAGGGCAGUCAACCACAGGAUGUGUAUGUGUGGAUGUCGAUCAGGUCGCUCUCGGACCAGUACAGCCAGCAUUUUGUGGUGCUGAUGGCCCGUCUCUCGUUCCGUCCGUUGGCGGCUCUGACGCAUUGGUGCAAGGCGAUGUCUUUCUUGGAAUCAUGUAAUGUGGCCGAAACUCUCGCCGGCCUGUUUCAUGACAUGAUCAAGGCCGACCAGAACUCCCCACAUCACCGCAGCGACCUGCUCGGCUUCAUCGGUGUUGUGGUGCCCCUGCUGAGCCCAAGCCAGAGAGAUCAGUGUUUGGAGGCACUUGCUUGGAGGAAGCAGUGGGCAAGAAGGGCGAUGGGACGCGAAAUCGAAGCUCUGAAGGUGAGUCAGUCACCCCGACCGAUGAAGAGAGACCAGACAGGCGAACUAUGAUGCUGUGUCGCAGUCGGGUUAUCGUGCCGGUGAGCGGUCCAGACACCCAGCCCGCCAUCGCAUGUAAGACAACCAGGCGAUGAUUGAUCCACCCACAAAGUGCUCCACCUCAACUGUGGUUAUGUAUGUGUGUGCGUGCGUGUGUGUGUUCAGUUUUGGUGGAUGGUUUUCGCGGACGCCUCGCUGACCGGCGGCGGCACCCAAGACACUUCAUGUGCAGCUGUAUGUCAAAGUGUGAGUGAGUGAUGCUUGACGGCUACUGUUAUGUUUCGUGUUCGUACUCUCUCUGUUCGUUCAUGUCUCGCGUCUGUCUGUCUGUUAUCGUGACUUUCCUUGUGUUCUUUAUACUGUUACUCAUGUACACUGUAGCCCUUUGUCAGACCGGAACAGGUGGGUGCUUCUUUCCAAUGAACCUGCCGCCUCAC